AUGCUUCCUGAAGAUGAGAAGAAAAACGAUGCCCCGGAAGAAACCAGUAGCGUCACCAGCCCAUCUCCGGCAGCAGCACUCCUAUCUCACGACGUGGCGGCAAUAUCCCUCUCACUGCGCGUCCCACCGUUCUGGCGAGACCAGCCAAUACUCUGGUUCUGCAGUUUCGAGGCGGCAACGGCAGAGCUGAAGAGAAGCCAGGCGCAGCUCGCUCAGAUGGUUAUCGCGCAGCUAGAAAAACAAGAUAUUCAAAAUAUCAGCGACCUCAUCUACUCCCCGCCUGAAGAAAAUUACUACACCGUCAUCAAAAACAGACUCAUCUCGGUGUACGAGGAGAGCAACAGCGCGCAGACCAAGAAGCUGUUGUCCCAAGUCGAGCUCGGGGAGCAGAAACCCAGUCAGCUGCUACGACGGAUGAAGACGCUGAACAAGGAGAAGUUUCCUGAGUCUACGAUACAGAUGAUGUGGCUUGACCAUCUCCCGCCACACGUACGCUCCGUGCUCACCGUCAGCGAAGCGUUUAAAAUUAAAACGACGCUAGAGGACCUCGCGCUGCUCGCCGACAAAAUGUUGGAGCACACGCCAACAUCAGCGUCGCACCAAAUCGCCGCAGUUUCCACUCCCGCAUCAGUCUUACCAGCUUCGCUUCCAACACCUCCACCGUCCACGUCAGCUCUCGACACCCAGUACCUCAUCGGCGAAAUUAGAAGAUUAUCACUCGAACCGCUCUCACCGCCGUUUCCCAUCGCGAUCGCGAAACCAUUCGCAAUCGCAAGACCGAAGCCCACGCAGCCGCAGAAGCUCGCCGAUGCCGUAUUGUCAUUACCAUCGUCGAUUCGGUAUGGACGCCCAGAAAUGUGCACAGCCGUGCAGUUUCAAACCAAUACCGGCAACUCCAUCACCAGCGGAAAACUAGACGUAACGCUGGCUGCGGCGGAAACCGGCGUUACAACAAGAUCACACCGCCUCUUCGUACGUGACCGAACCAGCAAACUCGUUUUCUUGGUUGACACGGGAGCCAACAUCUCCGUCCUGCCAAGAACACCCGGCACGAAGGCGCAACCCCUACCCUUUCAACUGUACGCCGCCAACAAUACCGUCAUUCCCACCUACGGCGAGAAGACGCUGGAGCUCGAUCUCAACCUACGCAGACCAUUCCGGUGGAAGUUCAUCAUCGCUGCAGUGUCGAAGCCAAUCAUCGGUGCAGACUUCCUGGACUACCACCACAUCAUAGUCGACAUCACCAAAAGGCGACUGAUCGACGGCAAAACCCUACUAUACACGAACGCACAACUCUGUACUGCAAACAUACCUACCGUGCGCAGUAUAGACGUGCAACAGUCGUACCACAACAUACUUGCCGACUACCCUGGUACAACUCGCCUCACCUCCAUGAAGCUCAGCCCGAAACACAACGUCGAACAUUUCAUCGAAACAACCGGACCACCACUUCACUGCAGACCACGUCCGAUUGCACCGCACCGCUACGAACUCGUGAAGAAGGAAUUCGCCAACAUGAUGGAACAGGGCCUAUGCAGACCAAGCAAAAGCCCUUGGGCAUCACCUCUUCACGUCGUACCGAAGAAGAAUGGCGAAUUACGUGUGUGUGGCGAUUACCGACGGCUUAACGCAAUCACUAAGCCCGACCGCUACCCAAUCCCACGCAUACGUGAUUUUACCUACCAACUCGAGGGCAAACAAAUAUUCUCCACCUUGGACCUCAACCGCGCCUACCAACAACAGAAAAAAGGCAUCCUGAAACGAAGAAAUGAACCAGACACAACCACAACCACGCAAGUUCCUACAAGCGCGAGCACGACACGCCGAGGCCGCACUAUUCGCCUGCCGGUACGCUUCGCUUGA